AUGCCGAAUGGCAGCUUCAAUACAGCAGUUCCAAAGCUUAACACGGCAGCUCCUAACUUACGGCAUCAGCUCCUAAGCUUUCGGCAUCAGCUUCCAAAGCUUACGGCGGCAGCUCCCAAGCUUUCGACAUCAGCUUUCGAAGCUUACGGCAUCAGCUCCCAAGCUUACAGCAGCAAGCUUACGACAGCUUCUAAAGCUCCAACGGCAUCUUCCAGCUCUUGCGUUGCCGAACGGCGGCACCCCACGGGUGACACUUCUCCAGCGCCUCUUCUCAAGGCCAUGCCGAACGACACUUUUCACUUACGGCGCCAAGGCUACCUACUGGCACCUCAUGAAGAAUAA